AUGAACGGUUGGGGACGUCGCUCGGCGAGCGCGACGACGCGGAGCGACGGCGAGUUUGAGGGAACGCUGGAGAUCGAACGCGUCGUGACGUUGGACGACGGCGAGCGGGCGACGUGUUGCGCGAGCGAUGACGAUGAAAUCGUGGUCGGGACGGAUAGGGGGCGGGUGGUGUUUUUGUGCUGGGAGGAGGGGUCGGAGGGGCGAAGCGCGACGUGCGCGCGGAGCGAACGAGACGGCGGCGCGACGAGCGUGGCGUGGUGCCGCGAUACCGGUACGGUGGUCGUGCGGUUCGAUGCGGGAGCGGUGUGCGCGCUGGAGAUUGAUGCGGCGGGCGACGUGCGGCGAAGGAACUGGUUCGAUGCGUUCCCGUGUCCGGCGACGUGCGCCGCGUUUCAUCGAGGCUCGCGGCGGCUCGCGCUCGGCACAGCCGACGGCGAAAUCCGCGUGUACGACGACGCGAUGACGUCGGAGGCCGCGAAACCGCGACAUGUUUUCGGGUUAAGUCCGUGGGGCUUCGGCGUGGAAGACACUGGCGCGUUAGCGCACGCUUCUUGGUCGAACGACGGGCGAGCGCUCGCCGUCGGUUGGCGUCGGCGCGGCGUGAGCGUGUGGAGCGAAUCGGGAUGUUUGCUCAUGUGUACUUUACAUCACGGCGGCGGCGAUAGCGCGGUGGGAACAUCGUCUUCGCCGCGCGCGACGUUCACGGGUGACGAGGAAGUGCCAGAGAUGGGCGCUUGUCUGGCCCCGCCCGCGUGGGGCGUCGGCGACUACGCGUUGUUCGUCCCGGUGCGGUCCGAGUCUGGUUCGAAAGUUUUAGAGUACGCGCUCGCGAAGAGCGUGUCGAACAGUCGCGUCGCCCCUCGAUCAUACGAUGGCGGUUGCGAUCACGAUGAUGCAUCACUGCUUCUUGGUGACGAUCGUAUUUUCAUCGUCGCCUCGAGCGCGACGAGCACCAGAGUUCACGCGCGACAGGAAGUGUGUCCGAGCGAGUACGUCCAGCGUCAGUGGCCCAUGUGCGUGGCGGGAAUGAGCCCGAGCGGCGAUCGAGUCGCCGUCGGAGGCGUGCGAGGAUGCGUCGUGUUUGACACGCGCGGUGAAUGCUGGAGUCAGUUAGGAGACGUGGAAGAGGAGAACUCCUUCGAGGCAAUCGCGUUCGAUUGGAUGCAACCGGCACCGCCGACAUCGGGGCGGCAGCGUAGCGUGUUGCAGCCGGUACUCGCCAUCGUCGCUCGAUUAGGUAGAACGAGGAUGUUUACAAAGUCUAUCAAGUUGUCGUACGGCAUUAGCUUUUACGCCGACGGCGGAAAGGGUGACCUUUUGAUGACGAUGCCGCUACCAUCCGAGGCGACGGGCGCAUACGCGUGCGGAGAAUUCUUACUCGUGAGCUUCUCGAAUGGCGAAAUAGCAGUGUACGAGGUGGAAGAAAUGUCAUCGAACGUGGGAGCGAUUUCCGCACACCACGUUCGCGAGGAUGCGGGACAGCGACGGAAAACAACCUUAAACGCGGGCGGGCGCGUGCAAGGAAUGUGCGCGGUGCCGCCGGCGGCGGCGCCCGAGCGAGCGCCGAGCGAGUGCGUAGUUUUGACAGAAGCUGGCGAACUCUUCGUCGUAGACUUGACGGAUGAGUACGAUCAGGUGAAGCUCUUUGAUGACGUCGCGGAGUUCUGGGUCGUUGGAAGCGCGAACGCACCGCAAGAAAUGAUGAUGCAAGGGGACGAAAGCAGCGACUUUGAGAGCGACGCGAGAGAUUCGCUUUCUGUGGACGGGGGAUGCGUAUUUGCCUAUGGUGCCGAAGGGAUGCGCAUAUGUUACUUUCCGAAUGGCGACUUACGACAAAUCCUCAUCAACGGCGCAACGUCGUGUGACGUUGAGCGCGCGGCGAACAAUCCAGAACUCGAGUUUGAUCGAGAAUUGUAUCCGAUGAGCGUGAGCCUGAAUAUGAAUCGCAUCAUCGGAGUGACGCAAAAGUUUUCCUUCGCAGAUGCGGUAGACAUGCCAUACUUCACAAUCGCACCCAAAUCGCACACAAUUGUGCCUUACAUUUUGCGCAAGCUUUUGAGUUCUGGCCAGCACGACGCCGCGUUGCGAUAUGCGCGUGCCGCUCGACGACAGACGCCGCACUUCAUGCAUGCGCUCGAAUGGUUGCUCUUCACAGCGCUGGAACGCUCGAAUCGCGAAAUCACGUCACAAACAGUACUCAAGCAAUCGAUUGCACUGCUGUCGGAGUUGCCAAAUUAUCUUGACGUCAUCGUGAGCGUGGCGCGGAAGACAGACAACACGCGAUGGGAAUCGCUCUUCAAAUAUGCCGGUAAACCAAGCGAGCUUUGUGUCAAGGCGUUGAAAUUAAAGCGCAUUCGUAUCGCGGCGUGCUACAUUCUCGUCGUCGAUAAACUUGAGGGCGAAACAAUGGGACGUGAAAUCGCCGUGCGCGUGAUGAGAGCCGCGCUGGAAGCCCGCGAGUACAAGCUCGUCGAAGACCUCAUCAAGUUUUUACUGCAGCCAGCAGACGAAGCGGCGAAGGAAAAUCAAAAGCCUGGAAUCUUCAAGCGCGUGCUUGAAGUCAUCGCUCCGCCGCCAAACAGCGUAAUUGCGUUAGGCGGGCGCGCAGAUCGUGAGCUUGCGCUUGGUGAACCAGAACAACUGUUAUUGAAGUCGCACGUCGACUCUCUGGGCCGCGAACGCGAUGUCGCGGCGAUGGGAGCUUUUAUGAGCGAAACGUCCUUUGACGGCGUCGCUUACUUGAAACACGAGACGGACGAGAAUGGUGAAGCGUACAUCUCCGAUUUCGCGGGCAGUAUCGAGUUAGCAGCGCGGCGAUUACGAGAAGGAAAAUUACGACGAGCGGCGUCGAGUCAAAGUUCUCGCACAGAGAGUUUAUUUCUCGUCGAUCCCACGCGCGCCGUCGGAUCGAAAGUCGAAAGCGACGCCACUUACGUCACCUCGCUUCUCGCCACCGCGCGCGAGGCGGGUUGUACCGACUGGUCUUUACUACUCGCUACUCUUUUAGGACGCGCAGACGUCCUAAACGAGUUUUUCACGAACGAACCGGCGCUUCGAGAACCUUGGAUGAACAUCGCAAAGCGCGUCGCGACAAACACGAGCGACGCGACGUUGAAGAAUCACCUCACGGCGCUCGUCUCGGAUAUUUGA